AUGUUUAUUCGCCAAAUUAUUACAUAAAUAAAGGAUAUUCUUUCUUUCUUACUUGCUCCCAGUUUUCCAAUUAAAUCAAAUACCAUCAAAUCAUUAAAUAGGAUGUAAUAACCAUUAUUUUCUAUAAAUAAAUCUUUUUACUUAAAAUUUUUCUUUCAAAGCUUAAUAUUAAUAUAAAUUUCAAAUUCAGUUAAGAAAACAUCAAAUAAAAAAGUAAUAAAAUUUUUAAUGAUUCUCCUUGUUUUUAUUUUUUAGACAACGUAUAUUAAAAUCUCAUACAAUUCUCUAUCUUAAUAGAUAUUAUGGUAUUGGCUUAUUAAUAAUCCAAUUUGGUUCUUCAAAUUCAACAGAAUUAGAUUCUACAUAUCUUAAUCUUCAGAUGAAUUAAAUUAAAAAGUUGUAAAAUACCAAAUAUAAUGCAGUUCAUAGAGGAUUUAAAUCAUAACAUAUAGAAUUUAAAUAUUAAUUAUUUCUAUCUAUUCUUCUGAAAGCAUUAGGAUAAUUUUAAUAAAAAUUUUGCUGAAAUUUGAUGUUCAAGCUCAGUUUAACAUCAAAUAUUGUUUAGAAUAGUGUUAAAGUAACAACUGA